AUGAGAUGCUCGUUGAAGAUCAGUUUAAUUCUUUUAGCUUCGACUUUUGCUCAAGAAAUAGAAACAGAAGAAAUCGAAGAGAAAAAAGAAAAGUCGGAAUUUAUCACUACAAAUUGUCAAAAAACAAAUGUUGAAAUUUUCAUCCCGAAAUGGACGGUUUCGAAUGGACCACCUGCUUCUGUGACGCUUUUAAGUGCGCUCGGAAACAAUUGCCGAGGAGCGUAUCACAACAAAACGCAUAUCACUUUGAAUAUUAACCUUUUGGAUCCCAAGCGCGAUUGUGGCACCACCCGCAGAAGCCAGGGCGUCCAAAUCAUUUACGAAAACAAGCUUUCCUUCACCGAUCAAAAAUCACGCAAAAUCGAAGAUUUAGCCAACAUCACGUGCAUCCAAUACCUCCAAGAAAAGCACGUUCGGCUCCCCUCUUCCGCCGCAAUCAACAAUCUUCAAGCAGGACCAGUGUCAAUCAAGACCCAAAUGAAACUGUUCAAUACCGCGAAAUUCGAAGAAGAGCUGGAAGAUUUAGCGGAAAAGGGUUAUGCUCAGGUGGCUGUCAGGGAAUUCAUUUAUGUUCGUGUCGCGUUCGACUUUGCGGAAAAUGAAGCUGCGAUGGAAACUGACAAGGUGGUGAUCGACUCGUGCUGGGGCUCGCGGUCGGCCAACCCUGACAACAUGAAGACGGCGUACAUGAUGAUCGAAAACGGUUGUUCUGCGGACCCAUUGGGCGUCAUUAUUCGCCAGAAUUCGGCGGGCGCGUAUGCCAGCUGGAAAUUCCAAAUGUACAAGUGGACCACCGUCGCACAACACGAGCAGUUCAUUUACAUCCACUGCCGCGCCUGGAUUUGCACGGAUUGCCAGAAACCCGAGGCGAAUCAUGCCUGCUUAGGUGACAUCACAAAAUUCCGCCGUCGCCGAGCCGCAAAACUCUUCCAAAACCGCGAAGUAUCUUCGGAACGCGCCCGUAUUUUUUCAGUGGGGCCGAUUUACCCAAGAGACGGAAGCGUGCCGCUCCUUUCGGACGUUGAAAGUGACGACCCAGCUGUAAAAGGGGAGAUUCCGGGAAUGCCGGGAAUGGGAGAUGAAGAAGAAGAGGACAAUUUUAUUAUGGCGGUAAUAGUUGGCUCCGUAUCUGGCUUUUGUGCACUGUUCCUCCUCAUCGUAGCGAUAGUUUUUGUGAAAAAAUAUCGCGAAAAACCCUUCCAGAUCUUCACCAAACCUGCGGAAGAAGAAGAGGACGAGAAGAACAUCGAGCAAGGUUUCGUCUUCGAGCUGCGAACAUCAACAGAUCCCGUGAUUCCGCGAGUAAAUCUGGAUCAAUUCCUUGGCCGAGACGAUGAACCAAGAGAGCAGCGAGAAAGAAAGACGGAACGGAGGAUCGUGGAAGAGAUCGAGAUCGAUCAAGAUCUCGCGAACGCUCGUCCCGCCAUGGCUCGCGCGAAAAGCUCCACAGUAGCAGUCGAGAUCUGCGAAAAUCACGUGACAAUAUCCGCGGCUCAAAGUCUGACCUUCGAGAUCGUCGUUCUGGAUCUCGCGAUGAUCUUUCGUCGGGCAGAAUGCGCAAGUCUGGAUCUAGGAUGUCGCUCAAUGACAGACUGCCUACACUUGAUGAGAGAAGAUUGA